GACUUGAGAGGAUCGCUGUAUGAAAGUGAUAGAAAAUUUCACUUAGCAUCACAAGAGGGUGUCUCGACGGGACAGGUAUAUAAUUGUCAAAAUAUAUAUAAUUUUAUGUUAAUAUACUGUAUUUAAUAUUAUAUAAUAUUAUAUAAUUAUAAUUAAUUAUAAUUAAUAUUAUAUAAUUAUAAUUAAUUAUAAUUAAUAUUAUAUAAUUAUAAUAUAGCAUUUGUAAAUUCUGAACGCUGAUUUGCUAAGAGCCGUGUUGAUGUAACUCAAUGUCAACACGGAAAUUUUUUUCUUUAUAUUUCUUUGUGCUAUAUUAUAAAAAAAUGUAAAAAAUUUUCCGUAUUGAUAUACAGUUAUACCAACACUCGUGGAAAUUGGGUUGUAUGUCUGAUACAACACGGAGGGCAGUGUUGUAAACAACUUGUAAAAUGAAUCAACUCAUGCAUAUAUGCAAACUACUUACAAACACUCCUGGUUGUAUAAUAAACAGUUAUUGGAUGACGUUUUUGUGAUGUCGACUGAUAACACUUACCCUGCACCUUGAUAAUUGGGGAUAUCAGAAAAACGGAUUUCAAUAACAGUUUUAUACGUUGCAUUUUCAUUAACUCUUUCGACAAAAUAACAAUGAUUUGUCGCACGAAACAACUUUUGGUUCCAAAAAAAGGAGGGAAAACGAUUUAAAAUAUAAUAACAGCAGCAAAAAAUAUUUGAAAUCUCAUUUACCUACUAAGGCUCCGAUGACUGAAAUGGCGAAAUUCUCAACAUGCAUAUUUAUUUUGUAAUUUACACAUGCAAGAUAGCAAUCUUUUUAAAAGUAUCUGGCGGUUGAGAAACGCGAAAUAAUAGUUAAAUAUUAUCAAUUUAAAUACCAUUAUCAUUGAUGCUUAAAAUUGACGCCAUAUUUAUACAGCAAUAUAAGCAAAACUUCUUGAACUUCAGAUAUCAUUUUCGCUUUGGCGUACCAUCUAAAAUCUCUUCAUUUUAGCGUAAUUUUACAGAUAAAGCUUUUUAAGUUCGUUUGCAAUCUCGUUCCCCCGAGCAAGCCCGUUCGCAGGUUAAGGGUAGGCAUAACUCUGGAGAAAUCGAAUUGAUUCAGGCCUGUGAUUGGCUACAAAAAUUGUAUACGAUGUAUACAAAAGCACUAACAGUGCAUGUCGAAGCGCCUUCGCUCGAAACGUCGAAGUUCUCCUUGUAUUUUUCAGGUAGUUGUACUCCUAUCAAUCCGAAGCUUUCCCCCAGAAUUUCUAGUUGUUUUAAUUCAAUUUCAAUAAGUUCUUUGUAUGUUUGCAUGGUGAUAAAAUAUAAUAGGUUUUGUUUGUGGAAACACCACGUAAAUUUAUUACUGCAAAGCUUUCGAUCCGUAUUUUUUAUUACUGCAAAGAUUGUUAUUAUUAUUAUUUUUAUUAUUAUUAUUAUUUUUAUUAUUAUUAUUAUUAUUAUUAUUAUUAUUAUUAUUAUUAUUAUUAUUAUUAUUUAGAUUAUUAUUUUUAUUAUUUUUUAUUAUUAUUUUUAUUUAUUAUUAUUUUUUUAUUUUUUAUUACUGUAUUUUUUAUUUUUUUAUUAAAUUUUUUAUUAUUUUUUAUUACUGUAAAUUUAUUACUGCAAAGCUUUCGAUCCGUAUAAUUUCAAUUCAAUUUCAGUUGUAAAAAGUAUCAAAUUUUCGACAAAUUCUAAAUACUUUGUUUAUAUUUUGCAACAAUUGCCGAGCAUGCGUAGAACUCACGUUGGAAAUCCAACGUGAAUCAAUUCGAUUUCUCCAGAGCUAUGCCCACCCUUAACCUGCGAACGGGCAUGUUCGGGGAACGAGAUUGGUUCGUUUGCCGCUUGAGAAACGAAUAAAAAAAUAAAAAUUGAAUAUAGUCAUAACCAAGUGGAACCCCCCCCCCGCCCUGGUGUCCGCCACUGGGUUUGAAAUAGUUUAAGUUCCUUGCUUUUGUUCAAAAUUGUUUUCCAGCAUAAAAUUUGGCAACAAUACAUGAAAAAAAGUCUCUAAAAAGAACAUUUGGUAACGCAAGAAAUGACAAGAGAAAUAUCACCUAGAAUUUUGUGCCUUGUUAAUAAAAUUCAUAUGUGUCGGGUUUUAUGCUGAUGCAAACUUUGUCUUUCUUUUUGUUUCCAGAAAUUGAAUGAAAAACUUCGCUUAAAGCAAUCCGAGGUACGUAUAAUGUGGUAUUAAUGCGUAGUGUGAUUUGAAACUAUAAGGGUGGGUUAACUACAACAUUUUGUGGACAAGUUCGUUCCCAGUACAGCUACUUCAAAUUUGGUACUUCGUUACGACAAACUAGACAAAGUAUCUUAUCAUGAUGUUACAUGAUGUUUUUGUAACUAGUGCUUCGAGUGGCAACAAAAGUUAUAACCAUAAACUCUAUAAACAGGCUAAAACGCAUUCUAUCAGCUUGCAGUGUGAUUUGGCAUAUUCUAUUUUUACGUCUAGUCGAGUGAUGAGAAAUUUGAAAAUUAGUAAUAGUAGCGUAUAGCGAUUAUCGCUUGUAAAGUAAUCAACUAUUUCGCUACUGAAAAAAUGUAGUUCGCUACAGCUACAACUACUGUUUUGUAAAAGUGGUCAAAAACUACUCGCCACUUGAGAAUUGUAAUUCGCUACAGUAGCGAACUACAACUACUUCGCUACGACCCACCUUUGUUAGAAGCACAGUAGCAUAUUUCGUAAGGCUUUCAGAAGUAUUUUUAGGGGCAAGUAUUUUUAGGUUCAUAUGGGCAAAAGUUAUCCCGGUUAGCGAGAAAACUUCUCGACAAGUUUACAAGCGAGAUCUCGCCUUGGUAUGAAAAUAAUAUGAAAAUUUACACCACGAUCAUAUGAGACAAAAAGUUUUCCCAUGUACCGAGAUCUCGCUUGUUGACAGGCGAGAUCUCGGUGACCGGGAUAAUGCUUUUCCCAGAUGAACACAACUUUUCCGCGUAGCGGGAUAACUUGUCUUUUCACUACUGUCUACUGUAUACCGGUAGUAGAAAAGUGGUUGUAUAAAAAAAGUAGUUGUACGGCCGAAUGGCUAAGAGCACGGCUCAAGGUGAAACUUAAAAGUAACGGAAUUUUUCAAUCGUUUGAACCAGGUCUAUGUUAAGCUUAUUAAAAGUUAAGACGGCAUGCGGGAUUUUCCCUAGCUAAAAACUGUCUGGUUGAUGUACACCGCAUUAGAUCAAGUUACAUUCGUAUCUCGCGUCGAUCGUUUGUGCGCUCUCAAAUUUACAUUCCUGAUGUUUGAUUCUGAUCGUCGUUGCUGCAUCGGUUUAUGCACCCUUGCUGUCGUAAUUACUCUUUAUACACAAAACAACGUUUUAUGUUGAAGCAAUGUGCGCAAUGCAGGUAUGUAGGCAGUAGGCAUGUUUACUUGUGGUCAUAGUAUUAAAACCUCGCGGUAAACAAAGUGUACUAUUUCAGUGUGAGUGUUGUAGAGAUUUUACACAAAAGCACUUCAGCGGUGAAGAUUUAAUACCCGGAAUAAAUCUCUUAACGAUAGACAUACGUACCUACCGCUUGGAUGAUUUAAUAUUUCAUUGAAAAACUAAUUUACGCUGAACAAUGCCAGAAAUCACUCAAAUUUUAUAUAUAUUUAAGUAGACAUAUUAGAGAUAUUUCAGAGGUUUGAACUAUGGACUUAUAAGCUAAGACAUAACUAGAACUAUAACCUUAGAGAUAUGAAAAACUAGUUUCAUAUUAUUCCGAAACUACAGAGUACAGCGAAGGGGGAUGGUUCUGAAAUAGAACUGAAACACUGCGCAUCCUCCAAGACAAACGUUAAGUCGUCGCGAAAAUAUAUCCUGCACUUGAUAAAUUCCAUAAGACUCGCUACCAAUCCCCGUUGACUCGAUAUCUCAAGGUUUUCACUUGUUUCCAUCUACCAAACUGAUAUUACGUCAUUUGAUCAAUUUCUGAAGUUGCUUCUUUUUGGAUUUUUUUAUUAAUUUGGUUAUAGUUAGUUAUAGGGUUGCGGUUAGGAGUUAGAGUAGAGGUAGGGUUUGGGUUAAUUACAUUGCCAUUUAACACCUCUUCCAUCUGCCAAAAAUGACGUCACGUCAGUUUGGCAGAUGGAAACAAGUGCUGACUAUAGCUCAAUGGAUACUACGGCAGUCUAGAAACCAUGUGUGGGUGCGACUCUCGUUGCGGACUCAUGACAGAAAUUCGUGGGCUUUCUCCAAGUACUCCGAUGUUCUUCCACAGGGAGGGGCCCCCAGGGAGUGUUAACGGGGUGGGUUGGGACAAAUUUGCCCCUUCCACCGUAGCUGUACUCUAUGAUCAAACAUGAGUCAUAAGGUAGCUGCCAGAAGCGUCCUUAGAAAGCAUUUGACCCGAUCUGGUUAAGGUGUGUCCUUCGGAAAACAGCUUAGCACACCCCAUAGCCUAUCGAAGGGAGAUGGCUGUGAAACUCAUUAGAAUAACAAUAUAACUCAUUAUCUAUGUUAGUCAACGUUUAUUCAUAAAUCUGGUCCUUCACCGUGACGUGUGUAUUGUAUUUUUACCAAAUCCACCAAUACCAAUUUCCCGAUUGUUCGAGUCACUGAUAGGUGACUUUCCUAAAACAUUGCUGUUGGUUAGUUGGGCAAGAAUACAAUAACACAUGUGACGGUGAAGGACCAGAUUUAUGAAUAAAUGUUGACCAACAUAGAUAAUGAGUUAUAUUGUUAUUCUAAUGAGUUUCACAGCCAUCUUCCCUUCGAUAGGCUAUGCACACCCCUACAGCCCUACUUACUAAUUUUUCCCCAAUUGGGAAAGAAAGUUAUCCUGAUAUUAUGCUAUGUGCAGCUGUUUUGUUGAUUCGAUUAUAGUUAAAAAUAAUCGAUUGCCAAAAAAACAUGAAAAAAUAAUGGGUCUAUCUGGAGCAGUUCAGUUGAUUCUAACUGUCUAUAAGCAUGCGUCAGUGGAAAUUCAAACAAAUUCUAAAAUCUUUAUUUUCACUUCAGCUUGACGAGAUGCAGGAGAAGUUUCGUAUUCUUCAACAGAAUCUUGAGAAAGCACAAGAUAUCAUUGAUGAAGCGAGCCUUAAAGAUGUAGAGGUGACGAUUUAUAAGUAUUUUUUUUACAAUAGAUUGAUUUAAUUUGAUUUUAAUUAUAUUGAUUUAAUUUGUUUACUGUAGACAAUGGUUUUGGAGUUGACGUGUAACUUCAGAAUUAUUGAUUCAGAGUUUUUAAAGCGGAUAUAUUGAUAUAUGAUUUUGGAGCUAGCCCCUUGGGGCCUGUUCACGCGAGCCAUGCAGGUUUGCCAGGAAGUUCGCCUGAGUCGGAUGAAUUAUUUCCGUAUGUUCAUAUGUGACUGUUUUUAACCCACGUACUGUAAUAGCGAACUUAAGCAAGGCUUAUUAUAUAAUAACUACAGUGAAACACGCAAUUUGAUUGGUCAAUAGCCGUGCAGAAUCAGGCUAUCCUGCACGAGGAAUUAAAAGGCCUUCGCGGGAUUUUCGCGGGAUUCUCAAAAUGUCAUUGUUUCACUGUAGUUAUUUUAUAAAAGAAUUAUCAAAUGGUUUUCCAAGCAGGAUAGCGUGAUCCGUGCACUUGGGAUGUUGCUCGACUUUCGGAAAGCGUAAAAAUACACUCGCCUACGGCUCGAGUAUUUUUACGCUUUCCGAAAGUUUGGCGACAUCCCUCGUGCAUGGAUCACGCAAUCCUGCACGGAAAACUGUUUGGUAUUCCUUUAAUCUAGUACGAGGACGCGACAAAAAACACCCUUACAUUUUACACUUUUAUAAUUACAUAUGAAGAAUUACCGUUAGUAAGAACCUCACUACCUACGCCGGACGAAAGUGCAACGAGGCUAUUAAUAUGAUAUUAAUACAAGAAAACGAACAGAAAUUAGCAAGUAAAAUUCCACGCGAGAGUUUUAGAUAUCGCCGUCGCUCUGUUUACUAACAGUUAGCCGGAGUUAAUUUCAGGGUUUAAAAUAAAUCAUUUAAAUAUAUUUGUAGGCGGUACCUUUUUUGUAGCGGCGAUUUUUUUUCGGGCUUUGAUAAGUCGAACAUGAAAUGAUUACACAGGAAAUACUGCAAUGUACAAAAGCUGCAGCAAAACGGGCAGCAAAAACCCAGUCUUUUUAAAUAUCAAAAAAUCAUUUCAAAAAGUCAUGUCAAAAAUCGAUGAAAAUCAGUGCCCAGCAUAACACAGGUAAUUAAAUAACCAUUACAAAAUAAAAUUUUAAAAUAUUCACUAAGAACAAACGUUUCGUACAUGGCUCUUUCAUGCAUUAUGCCAGACAUUGAUCGUUACCAGAAAUACACGACUAUACCAGAUUCAUGGCUAACAGAAUGCUUAACGCGAUCUUUUUAUGUGAAGACAGCAUCUUUUUCAUAUAAAAUCUGUGUAUAGAUCAAUGAAUUAAGAAGAAAAACUCGUCGUUGCUAAAUUAGCAGUUUUCCGGCUAGUGCUGUGAAAAUGCCGGUGACAGCUAGCUGACAGCCGGCUGCUUUUUUAACCCCGAAUUUCUGCAGCCAUGCAUGUGCCAUUAACCUGAUCAUGACCUUAAGCUGGUUGUUUCAAAUGUCAUACAGUUAUAUCAAACUUCCAAAUGAUCUGCAGAUGCUAACUUCUUAUCUACCACUUUACAUGCAACUCGUUUGAAUUUUAUUCUUCGUAUCUAUUAAGGCAUUCGAAGAGAAGUCAAAAGCAUUGAAGGCAAAAGAUGCGUUGAUUGCGGAACUCCAAGGAAAUUUGAAACAGAAGGAAAUGGAGAAUGAUGUAAGUGGAAGUCACAAGCCAUGCUCUACAGUAUAGUAUAACUAAUUUAAAUUAAUUAAACACAUAAGGAUUUGAUUUGUAAGGAAUGUGACAGAUUUAAAAAUAGGUACGCAAUGCGUACAUGUGGCUAGCCAAAAUUUGUUAAUAACGAAUUUUGGCACACUUAAAUGUGCCAAAUCAGUUAGUUAGGUCUGGCCAAAUGCAUUUUACAGGCACGUAAUAUUAAUGCCAGGCGUGUGAUUGCAAAACGGACGAACUCCUUCCUUGCAUGA